UGGUUACUCUGCUGAACAUAAACUCAGAGGAGCAGCUUCAUUCCCUUUUUCUGCCAGUUCAGUAGGUUUGGGCAAAACGUUCUGAGGUGGAUGCUGAUUAGAGGUAUGUGAUCUGAGGGUCUUCAUCCUUCUCCCUGUUGUUAGUAUCUUCUGAGGGAGGGUCUCCAAAGGUGAGGUGAUACUGAAGGGUUUUGAAUGCCCCAUACAGCACCAGGAGAGAUAGGAGGUGAAUGCCUUUCCCAAGCAUCUAAGCAGCUUGUGGCUGGCAGCAAUAGUGGUGACAGACACCCCAAAAAGGGACAAAGGGGGCUCCCAGCAUCUCCAGUGUUGCCACCUCUCUUCUUCCUCUCCCUCUCCUUUGGCCAGGCUCACAGCUGGAAAGGACAGCUAAUACCUUCUUUGGGGUGGUGAGUCUGACUUUGCAGCAUCCCCUCUGACAGCCUCAGGAACAUUUCUGGCUGUGUCAGCCAAAAUUCCUGCCGGGGACUGCUGCAAUGCAGCACACCACACCCCCGCCGGCGCUGAGCCCCAGCCUGGACAGCCAGCGCUGCUCAGCUCCAGUCCUGCCGCUGCCAUAGGCGUCCCUCCUCCUCUUCCCACCGAGCCCUGAUGAUUUCAGGUUGCUUGGCACCAUCUCCUGAGGGCAGUUGCUUCCGCAGCGUGUGUCAGAGCAGCCUGGCACACGUUCGGUUUCACAAGGUGCUGCCUGCAGAACGCGCUGGCUUCCCGAAGGGAUCGGCUGUGGUUUCGUAUUUCAUUUCCCUCGCACGCUACACCCGAAUUCCAGACCCUUUCUGGCUUCGCUGCUGCAUGGACUCUGACCGUAGAUCCUUUGCCGUACCCAGAGGAGGCAGACCGGGCUUCCCUCAGCUCCAGGGAGUGGACCAUGAAGACGUCAAUUGUAUUCUUGCUUUGCAUCUCAGUUUUCCCAGGCUUUUCCCAGGGCAGAGUUGUUAGAGAGGAUGAAACUGGUUUUGCCGAGUGUAACGUGUUCUUCCCUGGACAAGUCCCCCCCGAAGGAUUUACGGAGCCGUUCCAUGUGAAAAUCUGUCAGCAGUACAACAAAGAGCCACGCUUUGCAACCCUCUACAGUACUAAGGACAAAAUCCCUCUUUAUUCAGCUUUUAAGUUUACAAAGCCAGCUCAAAGUGAGGAGGAGAACUGGCUGGUUGAACCACAGAUAGAUGAUCCAGAAAAUGACUUGCACGAAAUGGUGCAUGAAGCCGAUAUUGGUGGCACUGUGGCCAACCUUGGUGCAAAUCAAGCCCUGACCUCAGACUACGUGGGCUCUGGCUAUGAGAGAGGCCUUCUCAAUCCCAGUGUGCUUAAUGAGGAGGAUUUCCAGGUGGCCACUUACACACUCACGAACGCUGUCCCUCUGAGCCCAGCUCUGAGCAAAAGCUGGCACAGAGACAUUGGGAAGGUAGUGGAACAAGCUCUGAUCCCUCACUGCUCCAAGAUGGAUCAUCUAUAUCUCCUUGCAGGUGCAAUUCCUUCCAGUGUCCGAGUUAAAGGCAAGGUGUCAGUGCCAGAGAGCCUCUGGCUGGCAGCCUGCUGUGAUGCUCCAGAGGGAUGGUCCCUGGGACUAGUGAAAAAAAUCAAUGAUGAAAACAGCUUGGCAGACCUCACUGUAAGAGAGCUGGAGAAGCAGCUUCUACCAGGAGUUCACUUGUUCAAGGGCAACUGUGGAGAGGACAAACAAAGCCAGGAGAAAAGAGAAGCAGUAUUGCAAGCUGUCAGUCAGAUCCGCUCUGGAGAGCAAGUAGAAACAAGUGACAACCAGGAGACCAAGGACAGCGGCUGGGUGAGAAGAGUGGCUGGCAUCAUUGCUACCCCUUUCAUCAAACUUCUGGAACUCCUCAUCUACAUCUUUGUGGAGCUGGUGAAAUUUGUGUUUUAUUUUCUGUGGCUUGUUGUAAAGCGAGUUGUUGGUACAGUUCUGGAUGGAGUGUACAGCCUGUGGAAUGGGAUGGUGUCCUACCUUAAAGCUGUCAGCAUGGUGCUCAUCAGCAUCCCCUAUGAUGCUGGGAGGGUCAUCAUCAAUAUCUUCCUGGGCUUCCUGCAAAUUGUUCAAGAUCUGAUGUCCCUCACCUACAGGAUCCUGAGCAUCCCCGUGGGGUUCAUCCUUCACCUUGCUGCUUUUCCUUACCACUCCAUCUGUGCCAUUCCCUCUGUCCUUAAAGACAUGGCCACUGGGAUCGGGGGCACCUUUUCGCUGGUCAUCGAUGCCACAGCUGCAGUUCUGCAUGGUUUUUAUUACCUAGCUGGUCACAUCGUCAAACGGUUUGUCCCUAAAGGCUCCUCUGAUGACUGAUAGGGACGGAAACCAAGGCUGCAAAUACAUGGAAUGAAGGAGGAGUGGGGCAAUGCUUUAAGAUACGUGGCCAAAUGCUGUCAAUUUCAUUCUGGUAUUUAUUGUAGUGACAUUAAUAAUAAUGAACUGACUGGGGAAUAACAAGGAGGGCCAAGGCAAUGUUGCUUGGGGCCGCCACCACUGUAACUCAAGUUCUGUCUGUUGUAAAAUGUUCGGGUUUUAUCGGUGCGGGCCACAAAGUUUCUGUGAUUUGCAGGUGUCAAGAUGCUUCCUCUGGGAAAUGCACACUAAA